AUGUUUUCAGAAUGUAACCCAUACCACCAAGCCGGCUCUUCCCAUCUGCUCCCCUUCGGUCGAGGGUCAACCCAGCAGGCUCCGCUUUUCCACAGUGCCACUGACCAAUUCCGGGAGGAAGACGAUGAGCAGGAGCACGAGCGGGAAAUUGCAGAUUACUAUGCUCUGCAGCGAUCGCGGAGAAACUUUGGUGCUAUUCAGAUGGAAGAGUCCUCAGAGCUUGAGGGAGACGAAGGAAAUAAUAGCACAGAACAUUCAGCGGGCUUGGGUCAAGGAGGGGGGAUAAGAAGCUCAUGGCGUGGAGGAAAAGCGAGCGGAGGUCUUUCACGGAGGACAGGGGUGGAAACUCUGCAUGAACAGGAGGAAGACAAGGCUGAUGAAGACGACGACGGAGCAUCCGCGAGUAGCAAGGGAAAGAAUAAAAUGGUAGAUAUUCGCCUCGAAGAUUCCGUACCGAAUGAUAUGGUAAACCUGGACAACGAAGUACCUUCCGAAUUCCGCGAUGAUAGUGCUCCGGAUAUCCAACAGUUUCGACAGUCGCCGUUGGCAAACGAUGAUUAUCGGACUGGUUCGUCUUUCAUUCCCCAGGAAACCGAUAAACAAACAUUAUUGGACCAUCCUCGACCCCCGAGCCCCGAACAGUCAGAAGCAAUUGCAUCAGCAGUGUAUGGAUCGGAGCCACCAAUGCAUGAUACGUUUUGGGGUCAUUUAUUUCUCCUCUCUGUGGCUGGUCUUUUUGCAUCAGCUUUCAUGGUCUAUCUCCAUACAUCGGAACCGUCCAGUAAACCUGGACUGGGGGAUACGAUUUAUUCUACACUUCACGCCUCUUUUUACCUCUUAGGGACUUAUACAGUUGUCUCGAUCUUUGUGUCCCUGCUGUGGCUGGCACUUUUGAAAUCAUACGUUCGACCGUUGGUUUACGGAAUGCUGAUUGCCGUCCCGGUUAUCUUAUACUCCUUUGCCCUUUACUCAUUCGUAUCAAGUUUCAAGGGCUCGUGGCAUGGCAUCAGCGUGCAAGACAAGGUGAUGCGGUGGGGGUCUUUGGUCCCAGCGAUCAUGGCAACGGGUUGGGUGUACUCUGCUUUCAAAGGCCGCCAUUCUACUGGAAAGGCCAUCAGCAUCCUCGAAUUUUCGUGCCGAAUCCUAAGUGCCAACUCGCCCUUGCUCAUUCUGGGUUUUGCGACCUUAGUCGUUAUCGCUAUCUGGACAUGGCUAUGGAUUCUCAUGUUCACUCGUGUUUUUCUGGGGGGACAUUUGAAUAAGACCAAGUCUUCGUUCAUAAUCAACCCGGAGAGCUGGUGGUUGGGAGCUUAUUAUAUUUUGGUGUACCUCUGGUCCCUUGGGAUCAUUGCCGGAAUUCAACGCUCUGUGACGGCAGCCACCGUUAGUCAAUGGUAUUUCCAUCGCCUCGCGGUUCCAUCGAUUACUUCACGGCAAAUAGUCCCCGCAGCGCUGUCUUUUGCCGUUAAUACGAUGUUUGGAACAAUCUGCCUUUCGUCAUUACUCUCUCUCCUCAUUCGGCUCCCUUUAAUUGUUCUACCCCGGCGCCUAUCAUAUCUGAUAUCUCUCGCGGCGUAUUCGAUCAUUCCUACGCCAAUUGCUGCUUUGACAAACUCCCUAACUCUGACGUACGCUUCCAUCUUCACGCAACCUUUGACUUCCUCCGCCCGAGAUCUUAGCCAGCUAACCUUCCUUGCACCUUCAUCUGCCGCGACAACCAUCCAUCCCCGCUCAUUCGCGAACAACUCCAGGAACGAAGCGCCUACUUUGGUUCCCUACCGUCUUGCUAAACUCCUUCUCCAUGCUACGCGCUUUAUCAUGUCCCUUGCGCUAGGAUUCGGAGGUUGGGUCUCAAGUGCCCGAAAGCUUCAAGUUUCCGAUGGCAACAACACCCUCCGUGGCAGUUUAUACGCAUAUGUCGUGGGCAUGCUUGCCGGAGCAAUUGGAUGGGGAGUCCUGGCGGCGAUGGAGGGUGUUCUGGCCUGUGUGUUGGAUGCGGCGGUGGUUUGUUGGGCGACCGAGGUCGGGACAACGCGGAGAGAAGUCAGGUAUUGCCGAGAAGCAGGGUGGUUAUUCGGUGGGACCAAUGACCGAAGUCGAGAGGAAGUCUAG